CCCGCCCCUAAGUCUGCUCGAGCUGCAAGUUAACCGACCAUACAGACGGAAAACCAAAAUGUCCCUCCUCGUUUAUGUGCGCAUAGUUUUAUUAACAUUGUGGUUUGGCAAGUGAAUGUCUACGCUCGACUCUUUGUCAGUUUUUUUUAAGUAGACGUAAGAUAUCGAGGCCAGCCGAAGUGCGCUUUAGCAGCGACGGAGAGGCGGAAGUGAAGUCACUUGACGGGCCGUCCAUGUUAUUAUUGUUAUUUUGGUAGUUCUGGGAUGAGACGGACUCGAGAGCCGUCGGGCUCCAAGACAACUGGUUCUUCGGGCCGCUAUCCGCUAGCGCCGUCGUCGUCGUCGCCGAGCCGGAGACAGGAGGCUCGCGGGCUGCUGGGGGAGAGCACCCAGCUCGAGCGCGGCUCCGACUCCCAGCGAGAUUGGCGACCAAAACAAAACUGCGUUGGCCAAGCAGCGCUCGCCCCAGACUCGUGUGUGCGCGCUGACAGCGCCGCUGCGCCGCAGAGAUGAACGGCAUUACCAAGGGCAGAUUUGAGGUGUUCUCUAACAGCGAUGAAGCCCCCAUCAAUAAGAAGCUUCCUAAAGAGCUUCUGCUACGAAUAUUCUCCUACCUAGAUGUGGUCACGCUCUGUAGGUGCGCCCAGGUGUCCAAGGCUUGGAAUGUCCUGGCCCUGGAUGGCAGCAACUGGCAGAAGAUUGACCUAUUCAACUUUCAGACGGACAUUGAGGGCCGUGUGGUGGAGAACAUCUCCAAGCGUUGCGGGGGCUUCCUGAGGCAGCUGAGUCUGAGAGGCUGUCUGAGUGUGGGGGACGCUUCCAUGAAGACGUUCGCCCAGAACUGCAGGAACAUCGAGGUGCUGAACCUGAACGGCUGCACCAAGAUCACAGACAGCACCUGCCUGAGCCUCAGCAAGUUCUGCUCCAAGCUCAAGCACCUGGACCUCACCUCCUGCGUGUCGAUCACCAACCACUCCCUGAAGGCCCUCAGUGACGGCUGCAGAAUGCUUGAGAUGUUGAACCUGUCGUGGUGUGACCAGAUGUCCCGGGACGGCAUCGAGGCCCUGGCCAGAGGCUGCAACGGCCUGCGUGCACUGUUCCUCAGAGGCUGCACACAGUUGGACGACGGGGCCUUGAAGCACCUCCAGAAGCACUGCCCAGAGCUCACCACCAUCAACAUCCAGUCCUGCACGCAAAUGACGGACGAUGGCAUGGUGAGCCUGUGCCGCGGCUGCCACAAGCUACAGAUCCUCUGCAUGUCUGGCUGCAGCAACAUCACCGACGCCUCGCUCACCGCACUGGGCCUCAACUGUCCCCGGAUCAAGAUCCUGGAGGCUGCACGCUGCUCCCAUGUGACUGACGCUGGGUUUACUGUAUUAGCCAGGAAUUGCCAUGAGCUUGAAAAAAUGGACUUGGAAGAAUGUAUUUUGCUAACUGAUAACACCCUGGUCCAGCUAUCUAUACACUGCCCUCGGCUGCAAGCGCUGUCCCUGUCACACUGUGAGCUGAUCACCGACGACGGCAUCCGGGCGCUGAGCAGCAGUGCCUGCGGGCAGGAGCGCCUCACGGUGGUGGAGCUGGACAACUGCCCCCUGAUCACGGACGUGACCCUGGAGCACCUGAAGAGCUGCCACCGCCUGGAGCGCAUCGAGCUCUACGACUGCCAGCAGGUCACCCGGGCCGGCAUCAAACGCAUCCGGGCCCACCUCCCCGAGAUCAAGGUCCACGCCUACUUUGCCCCGGUGACGCCCCCCCCCUCGAUGCACGGCGGGGGCCCGCGGCUCUGUCGCUGCUGCAUCAUCCUCUGACAGUGGAGGGCCAGAGGGGGGCACCUCUGUCUGCAGGUCCUGCUGCUCUGAACUAGU